CGCCCUACGUACGUCACGAUUAGCAUGCUACCUCCUCGAGCUGUAGCUUUCACUUUGUUUUGUACUCUCUCCUCAGUUCAGGCAAAGCUACUUUACUCCGGUCCAGAAGACCUUUACGCCUUCCCAAAGCAUCGUGUAACCUUUCUGAACAAUCUUCCAGUACAGAACGAAACAGUUCAACGGUGGCUUCACGAGGGACUAAGGGGCGGUGAAAGCGAAUUUUUAGAUGACCGGCGGGACGAACCUUCCUGGUUUUCCAAUGCAGUAUACAAGGAGAUAGGUGGCUCUGAGCUGGAAAUGUCAAAUGACGCUUCGCAAAUCUCACAGUCUCCGAUACCAGAUAAUUCUGGAUAUAUAUUAAAUCAUAUGAAAAUGGGACCAGAUAACGACUUUAUUUGCCUGAUUCCUCCAGCUCGUGAUGUUCCAAUACAAGUACAGGAGAAUAUCGACCAAGAUACAGUCCUCCGCAACGGCUGGUCACUGCUGGAACCUUUAUCCGGAAAAUGUCUUUAUUACCGGCAAUCGUGGUUCACUUAUUCAUACUGUCACAAUCAAGAAAUAAGACAGUUCAAGGAACUCACUCACACGCAACCUCGCUCACCAGGAGCUUCCGAACCCACUGAGGACCCAGAAUGGGAAGCGUUUACUUUAGGACGCGCCCCCUCCGCACAAGAUUCAGGGGUGGACGUAGCCGUCACGGAUCGGCAGGCUCAGGUCGGACACUUUGAAGUUGCUCAUGGUCCAGGCUCUCGUUAUCUCGUUCAACGAUGGGGUGAUGGCACAUUCUGUGAUAAGACGGGAAAAUCUCGUGAAGUUGAAGUUCAGUUCCAUUGCUCGAUGACGAUGGCGGAUUCUAUUCUUCUUGUACGAGAAGCAAAAACAUGUUCCUACGUGCUGAUCGUACAAACUCCACGUCUCUGCGGAGAACCUGGAUUCAAAUCGCGAAUGGAAUUGCCAGAGCAAACCUUUAUCCGCUGUCGGCAAAUCAUCAACCCUUUGCUGGACUCUACUCCCCAAAUUACCCAUCUCGAACAGCGAAAACCUGACGGCCAUCGAAUACCACAAGAUUCCGACCUACCUUCCUAUCUGACCCGUGAAACGCGUUUCGCCGUACCAUCCCCCGCAGCCAAGAGUUCCCUGGGUCCCAGCGCAGGUCAAAGCGAUGACCCGUCGGAUGGGAUAUUGAAACGCAUGCUAGAGGCGUUGAUGAAUGAUCCGGAGCUUCAAUCCUUGUCGGGCGAGAACGCUCAGGUCGUGUUUGGGCGCGGCCAAAACGGCGAGAUUGUAAUCGAGAUUCUGGAAGAGAUUCCAUUUGAUGACCUCGGAGAGUCCGAUUUACAGGAAAGGGAUGUGGAUGACUACGCUCAUAUAGCAGAAUUCCUUCGAAAGGCCAGUCACCAGUUGAAUAAACCAAAGGACGAGAAGGAACAAGAGGAUGACGAGGUCAGGGACAGUCAAGGGGAAAACUUAGAAAAAUUUCGCGAAAGGAAAGACGAGCUCUGAGGACUCGAGAUCUGAUCGUUUCGACACUGUCUCUACUUAGAGAAUCCGUGGACUAUAGCAGAGUGCUUAUAUUGGUUGACGCUCCAAUUAUUAUCAUUUGACUUGCGUCUUACCCAACUCUAAUUUGCAUUUUAUGACUAGCUGGCAUGAGAUCCCUUGAGCCUCAUGUCCUGAUGCAACAUGCCCGAGACUCAUAAGUGAUUCAGUCAGUAAUGGGAUUUCAAACACUGCUAGCCGAUCCAAUCUCCCAAUCUCUGAACUCUAUCUUCUCGGUCACAAGUCCUGUUGUUCUGCUGACUACACAACGUCAUCAGGGACAGCUGAGUGUUUGUCGAUACUCAUCUGGAUAGAUCUACUACGACCAUUGCCGGAUUUCCCG